AUGGCGCGGGCGACCGAUCCGGGCGGGGCUGCGGCUGUGGUGGCACAUAUGGGUGCUCACGCUGCGGAUGUGGAGGUGCAGCGGGCUGGCUGCGACGCGCUGGGGGUCAUGGCUGCCGGCAGCGACGUGUGCAAGCAGGCGGUGGUGGACGCGGGCGGGGCUGCGGCUGUGGUGGCGGCGAUGCGUGCUCACGCUGCGGCUGUGGAGGUGCAGCGGGCUGGCUGCGGCGCGCUGGGGAUCAUGGCUCUCGGCAGCGACGCGCGCAAGCAGGCGGUGGUGGACGCGGGCGGGGCUGCGGCUGUGGUGGCGGCGAUGCGUGCUCACGCUGCGGCUGUGGAGGUGCAGCAGCACGGCUGCGGCGCGCUGCGGAUCAUGGCUGUCGGCAGCGACGCGCGCAAGCAGGCGGUGGUGGACGCGGGCGGGGCUGCGGCUGUGGUGGCGGCGAUGCCUGCUCACGCUGCGGAUGUGGAGGUGCAGCAGCGGGGCUGCGGCGCGCUGCGGACGAUGGCUCUCGGCAGCGACGCGUGCAAGCAGGCGGUGGUGGAGGCGGGUGUGGCUGCUGUGGUGGCGGCGAUGGUCGGACACGCUGCGGAUGUGGAGGUGCAGCAGGAGGGCUGCGGCGCGCUGUUGAACAUGGCUGCCGGCAGCGACGUGUGCAAGCAGGCGGUGGUGGAUGCGGGCGGGGCUGCGGCUGUGGUGGCGGCGAUGCGUGCUCACGCUGCGGCUGUGGAGGUGCAGCAGUACGGCUGCGGCGCGCUGCAGAACAUGGCUGCCGGCAGCGACGCGUGCAAGCAGGCCAUCCUUGGCGCGGGCGGCCUUGCCGCCCUCGUUGCAGCUGGCACCGCCCACCCCCCUUGCCACGCCCGCGUCUCUGUGUCUGUUCGCCACUUGCUUGGCGACCUCGGCGCCUUCGCCCUCACCGCUCCAGCGCCUCCACCGCCACCGCCGCCAGCAGCGGUGGCGCCGCUUCCCACUGCUGCUGAGCUCGCUGAGGCUGAGCGGGCGCGCCAGCGCGCCGAGCAGCGGGCGCAGCAGGAGCAGGCGCAGCGGGAGGAGGCGGAGCGGCGCGCGCGGGCCUCCCAGCAGGGCCAGCACGGGCUUCAGCAACAGCUGACUGCUGCCCAGCAGACGCAUGCGCGACUUCGGGCAGAAAAUGCGCAGCUGAGCGCCGCGUCCCAGUCGGCGAGGACGUCCGCCAUCGACAGGCUUGUCGAUACGGUCGACAGCAGCUCGCCUGGCGGCACCGUGCUGUCCGUGGCUGCUGGACCGCUCGCCCACUUCAACAGCCAAUACCAGA